AUGCGAAAUAGCAAUCGCGGAAAUAUUUCUACAAACAUUACACCGACACGCGUUAUAAAUCCCAUACUUUCCUACUUAAAGUGGCCUUUAUUAAUACUGAAAUCAAUGGGUCUUAUACCAUUCUACACUACGCUCAACUAUCAUGAAAUCGGCAUGCCCAAUCGGCGUUGGUUGUUGAUUAACAGAGCAAUACUUUAUGUGAAAGUUGCACUGAAUGUUUUAAAUGUGUACUUCUUGCUUUCGCCAAAAAUACUGGAAAUACUAUUCAUAAAAAGCAAGACGGAUGGCUUUAACAAUAUGACCGACGCGGCAUUUUGGUUGCUAGGCGAUUUUGUGAUUUUGUGGUCUUGCGCUCGAAAUAAAACAAAAUUUAUUGUAAUUAUCAAUCGUUUAAUGCAAAUCGAUCAAAUACUCAUAGAGUUUCCCGAAUCGCCAGUACCAAAGACGUGCUUUAAAAAUCGUCAUAACACAUAUUUGCUUAUAAUAUAUUGCUAUAUGGCCUAUUUUGGUUUUUUAUUCCUCAAGCGAAUUGCGGAUUAUCCCUCGUUUGCUUUUAUUGUAUGUGAAAUGCUUUAUCAACUGGGGAAUGCAUAUUCAUGUACCUUUGUCGUAUUCAUUUCGUCGUUGUUGCACCUGUUAGCGGUGCGUUUUCUUUACAUCAAUCAAUUCUUAAGCAAAUAUCAACGAAAAAUGUUGCAAGCCGAUGAAAUCCCGUCAAGAAUGUUUAAAUCACUUAACAGUUCUGACAAAAAAGGAGUUAUCAAUAGUGAAGAGAACUUGCGACCGUUUGCUGAAAACUUAAAAGUGAUUUAUGGUUUGCACAGUGAUUUAGUGGAUGUAUUGAAAAUGAUUAACGAUUAUACCGAUUUGGGCUUACUGGCAUAUUUUUUGUACAAAACCUAUGGAAUGCUGGCAUGCACAUUCAUGGUCUUCUCAUACAAUUGGGAUUUCGAUGAAGAUUUUUACACCAUUUUAUGGGUUUCAUCAUGGAUACCGUUUCUCGCGGGAACGUCUAUAUUAUUGGCGACCAGUUGUGACAAGGCUACCAAAGAGGCAAAUAAAACCUCACAAGUGCUGGCGCGUGUCUAUGGCAAAGGGGAGCAUUUUAAAACUAUAGUUGACAAAUUUCUGUCGAAGAGCCUGAAACAGGAUGUGCAAUUCACCGCUUAUGGAUUUUUUGUAAUCGACAAUACAACACUGGUUAAGAUUUUCUCAGCCGUGACUACUUGCCUAGUAAUUCUGAUUCAAUUCAAACAGUUAGAGGAAUCCACGACAGUGCCGGCAGUUAAACAUAAAAAUUUUUACUAA